AUGAAGUUACUUGUGGUAUGCGAUGAAAGCUCUAAAAUUAUUGGGCAUCGUUACCUAAACUCUCAGAUAUCAUUUUACAUCGGCAUAAUCCAAUUUGGCGUGUGUAUCUGGGCUACUGCUCAACAUGUUUUUUCUAUUGCUCGGUUUAAAAAGGUGCUGCACUGCGACUUUGUAAAUGGCACAAAGCCAGUGUUGCUGGUUGGCGUUGAUGUGAUUAUUUUUGAUAUUGGCUUAUUUCACUCAUUGUGGGGUAUUGAAAGCUGUGUUGCUCAACAUCUUGAUGGUGGUUAUGGCAGGGUUACUUGGUGUAUCUGCCACAUUUUAGCUCUUCUUAUCAGUUUACCAUUUGCUUUCGUGUCUCGGCCUCGACCGUGUGCAUUAUGGCCUUUACUUAUACAACAAAGUGCCUACGGAAUUGGUCUGCUCAUAUUAAGUUUGUCAGCACUUCCACGUAUUCUACCGAUAUUUACUGGUUAUCCAAAUGCUGCCUCGCUAUUUGCUUUAGCUGUUUAUAUUUUUGGUACUGCAAUGAAUUCCUUCCUGCUUUAUGUUUAUUGGCACUGGUAUUGGCACGUUGAAACUAUGUGGAAUUCAGCACGAAAGUUAAGGCCAAAUCACAUUGUUAUAAACCCAAACCUGCGUUCCAAGAGAACACUAAUCAAACAAAUGCCGGAAAUUCAGCAGUGCAAUGGUAUUGAUCCACCUGGAAGGAGUAGCAAAGCAACCACUGUAGAAAGCAACAACGACACUUCAACGAAUAAUGAUAGCAGAAGCUCCUCAGUUGCCACAAAAAUCUCAGUAUCACCGUUUGAGAUUGAAGAAGACCAGCACGUUGUCAAUCUUCAGCAAACAGAAGAACCUGAGAAAGCAUACACGGUUCCAGAAAAAAGAUACCUGCAACAAGAUAGUGACUUAUCAAUGCAACAUAGUUUUGACGAGGAUGACGGAGGUUGUAAUGAAGUGAAGUAUAUCAGCUACUAUGAAGAAGUUUCAACUUUUACCAAAAGAAUCUACCGUGGUCAUCAUUCAGAAACGCGAAAAUUACCUGUUGUUCCUUCCAGUUUACUUCCACAAAGUUCUUCUGUUUUAUACAACAGUGGAAACUUUUGUCCAGAGCGUCAAAAUUUCCCCGUUAAAGAUUACAGAGCAAGAAAAAAACGACUAACAAGACGACUUUUACCAAUACCACCUCAACAGCUUCUUUCAAAUUCGUAG